AUGUCUUUUAGAGAAAAAGAAUCCUCCGAAGAACACUCGCCAAAAGGGUUUCGAACGACAAGAAGUUUUCAUCCCAAGCGUGUUUCGGAACUACCGCCCCUUGAAUCAGAUUCUGAAUCUGAUGGAGAUGGAAACUUGAACUGUGCGAUCCUGAACGAUUCCUUUCUUUUGACGCCUUCAAAAUGUGCUGAGGACGUUGAAAAUGGGCAGAAACAAUCGGGUGAAAAAUCUACUAUUCCCAGACGCGACAGUUCUACAAACCCGAAAUCGCGGUUGAACCUGGUAGAUAAAAUAUCCUCCGUAUCGGACAUCCAUCCCGCGGAGAAAAAAACUAAGCGUCCACCGCUUGUCGAACGAUCGCAACAGGAAACCAACACUAGUAUUAUUGGAUCGUCGGUCACAGCGCCUAGCAGCUAUAUCAACGCAGUUGACCCCGGCGGUAUUGAAGAUAAACAAUCAAAUGCCGCAGGCAACGCUUCGAACAAUCCUUCUUGGCCUGUAUCAAUCGCCGAGAAAAACGAUGUUGAUAAAAGUCGCCAUGAGUUUUACACUCCCAGAGAAAAGCUUCCGAUGGGACAAGUUCGUGGAACUGGUGCUAGGAUGCUGACCUCGACGGCUUUACGAGGUUCACGUAAUACCCUAGAGAAUGAAUUUAAGUCCCAAAAGAUACUCUUCGCAACACCGCUAGCAAUCGCUCGGACACCAGGAAUGUCAAUGGUCAACGAGAGUCUUACGCUCAGUGAUACACCAAUCAAGAUAAGAGAGACGAAAUAUUUAUCACCCAUCGACGAACAACCCCAACAAUUGUCUUCGAAACGAUCCACGAAUCAAUUGUUUGGGCACAUGGAAAAACCAGAUGCAGCAUCUUCGAAACCCGAAGGGCAAGCGAAAGCGGCAAUCAAUACUGAGGAAAACAGAUGUAAAUCAAGUACAGACUCAACCCAACCCCUCAAAGAACGCCCCAUCACAAUCAAUGGAAAACAAUACUCCGUAAUAAGUAAACUUGGUUCAGGCGGCUCGAGUUCAGUAUUUCUCGCAAAACAGGUAGCGUCCGGCUUGGAAUGCGCCGUUAAGCUCGUCAACCUCAACGGCGACGCUAAUUUGGUUGAGGGAUAUCUAAACGAGACAAAGCUGCUAGCGAAGCUACAAACAAACGAGAAUGUGAUUGCUCUCUACGAUUACGCCCAUAUACCUGAGGCUGGCCAAUUGUUUCUGGUAAUGGAAAAAGGAGAAUGUGAUUUGCAUCGUAUUUUACAAGGAUACUCGAAAGACAUUCCGCUUUAUUCGUUGAUGAGCAUCUGGUAUCAAAUGGUGCAGUGCGUGCACUAUAUCCACGAUCAUGGAGUAAUACAUCUGGACUUGAAACCGGCCAACUUUCUUAUGAUCCGUGGACGGCUCAAGUUGAUUGAUUUUGGCAUAGCGAGCAACAUAGCAUUCGACUCAACCAGCAUUAUGAAAUUCUCGCAGGCCGGAACAUUCAACUAUAUCAGCCCGGAAGCGCUGAUUGAUACCUCGGGUGAGAUGAGUCCAAAUGGGUCGCAACCACGAAUAAAAAUGUCGAAAAAGUCGGACAUUUGGUCGCUAGGAUGCAUUCUUUAUCUACUACUUUAUAAACGUACACCGUUCGCGCACAUCAAAAAUAUCUACACCAAGGUGAACGUCAUCACGAAUCCAAAUACCGUCAUCGAAUAUCCGCCCCUAGCCAGUUACUACCCACCAAUGUUGCUUGAUAUCCUGAAACGAUGUCUUCGUUAUGAUGCCAAGUCAAGGGCUUCCACAGCGGAACUCUUGGACUAUCCGUAUGAUAUGGUUAUUCCAAUAAAAAACAUGAAAAUCAAAUCCUUCACUGCACAUUGA